UGAGAAUUCGCCGAGAAGCUGGAUGUUAAACGGUUCGACGGAAACCGAGUUUUGAUAUAUAUGAAUAUGCGUUUGCGCGCCCGGGCUCGCCGCGGCGACAGAGGCGAUCGCAUUUCGACACUUUCGUCCUCGAUUAAUGGAUUCGCGAAGCCGCCGAAAAAUGGCCCUUCGUCGCUGGAAGCUAUAUCGAGCCGACGCGACGUUUCGUGUACGGUUUGCCCGUACAUCGCGUUUCGGACCUCUGCCGGCGGCGCCUCGUUCUCGUCUCGCUUUUUUUAUCUUUUACUUUUUUUGUUCAUGCUUUUGCUAUUUCUUCUUGCGAAACUCGCGGCUGUGAUCUCCUCGCGGUGAUCGACCCAGUGCUUUGUCGAGAAAGUCUUGCUGCUUGAACUCCGCUUGAUCGUGGUUCGAUUUUUCGUCGACGAGCGGAGCUGUUGGAGCGCGCCGCUAGUUUCGAGCGUCCUGUCGCGGGUAGAUGCGAUCGCGAAAGGUUUGGUUUAUUGAUGGGACGGCUCUCGAAGUCAUUGUUUCACGGUUGUUAGCGCAUUGAUCUGUUAUUGAUGCCGAUAUGUUUUGCUGCAAGCCACGCUCCGCCCAUCGAAGCGAGGCGAGCUUUCCGAGCACCGGGCAACACAUGUAAAGCUCACGUACGACUACGCGUGAGACGACGUCUUUUUUUUUUAAUAUCCGUGAAAUUUAAUGUUUUGUUUCCAUCAGUACCAUCGUCUUGUGCUAUAUAUAUUUCUGGCUGCUCAUUCGGGAGGCGCAUCUGGGGGGGAGGGGGGGGACAAAAAUAAAUUGACUUUUUAUUAUGCUUCUGUCCCCUUGAGUGCGCAGUCACCAGUUUAGAGGUAACAAGGUUCCUUCAGUGCUAUGUACAUGUCUGCGUGCUUCCUCGUUGCGAUGAUAUUAACAUAUCGAGAAUAAAUGGAGUAUGCUUGUUUAACAGCACAAGUUUUCUUCGCUAACCCGCGCCCGCAUCCGCAUGCAAUGUCGUCUUCUUGCUGUACAAGUAGGCACGGCCUUUCCUUCUUUUCAACACCGUUCACCUCAAAUAGCUGAAAGCGAGAAUCAAGAAAAAAAGAUAUGCGCUGGGUCCUCGCGUGUUCGCCACCUCGUCUGGGGAGAAAUAAAAAGAAAUGUGUGUUUACGUGUGCGCGCGUGUGUUCAUUUUUGUGUGUGUGUGUGUGUUCAAACUGACCUUUCGUCCCUUUUUUUUCUUGCUCCCCACAGAACCGCUGCGAAAACAGAUUGCCCGCAGCGACAGCGCCACCGACGGCGGGCCCUUCAGCCGAGGCCCUGGUGGUGCGGGAUGAUGGUGAGGACGAGGGUUGCUGCCGGGGGGAGGAGGACUGGUGUGGCGGAGCGGGCGGAGCCGGGGUGCGCAGGCCCAUGAAUGCCUUCUUCCUGUUCUGCAAGCGGCACCGCAGCGUGGUGCGUGAGCGCUACCCGCACCUUGAGAAUCGCGCCAUCACCAAAAUCCUGGGCGAGUGGUGGGCCAGCCUUGAGCCCCACGAGAAACACACCUACACGGAGCUUGCCAAGCAGUACAAGGAGGCUUUUAUGAAGGCCAAUCCGGACUUCAAAUGGUGCAAGAUGCCCACCUUGCCCACGCGGUCUCCAGUGACGCGCACUAAGGGGGCCACCACCAAGGGAGACACGCUGCGCUGGAGCCCCGAGCAGACAAACUGCCCUCGGUCGGAUAUGCCACGGGUGCCCACCCUCACAAAGGACCCGCUGAGCAUCUCGAGGCAGAACAAUAAUAGCCCAGUGCUGCAACAGCAGGGCUCAAACUCUCAGGACGAGCCACUGGCAACAAAGCAAAUGACCGAGUCUGGCGGCAACGCGGCCGAGCAGUCUGGUGCUCCAAACCCGGCACCCUCGAACAACCCGCCAGUCUGCUGCAAGCCGCCAAAGAAGCGCUACCUGGAGAACCUUGAGAACGGCACAUACGGCGGGGGCAAUGCAAGCCGGCUCAAGUCGGAGUCGUCGCCGUCGCCAUCUCCCUCGCCGGUGCCCUGUGCGCCACUGCAGAGGGCGGCCUCCACGGAUCAGCAGACUAACAAUGCAUGUUCAGCCCUGCUUGAACUGGCAGAGGGAUGCCAGGGUGGGAAGAAGCCACCAACUGCAGGAGCUCGCCAGAAAUCUGGGGACCUGAACACCAAGUCACAAGAUAAUGGUAGCAGCGGCUUGUCUACUACUGCGACAAGCACCACGACUACAACGUUGACGAGCACCAGUAGCAAUGGAAGUAGUGGUCUGUGUGGUGGCGGCUCGGUUCCCCCGGCUGGCUUCGGCCCAAUCCCCAUGUUCGACGUCAGCGCUGCCAACCGCAUCAUCGACCAGGCAUUCAGCCAGCCCACCACUGCCAGCAGCACAUCUGUGACGCCGCCACCAUUCACGGCGCUGUCGACUUCGUCCUCAAGCACGCCUCCACCCAGCUCGAGCAGCGCAACGGGCCUCGGAAGUGGAUGUGGGAGCAGCUCGGCCGCGGCUAAGGCACGUGAGCGCGAGCGCUUCUUCAACGUGUCGUCGGCGCUGAGUCUCGCGCAGUCUCUCAACCGAGGCGACGAGGAGCAGCCGCUGAACCUGUGCAAGGAGCGCCCUAUGACAACGAUCAAGACCUGCCAGCAGGACAUCAUCAACCACAUCAUCGACAAGUUCCUCUGCGGCCCUAGUAAUGUGGAGCCGCUGGACGGCACAGUCUUCUCAGCGCACGGCUCCUCGCGUCAUCCCGAUGACAGCCCCGCAGUGCCGGCUGUUGUGGCCGCUGCCGUCCCGGGUACAGUGCCCACACCAAACGCAGGAUUCUACCGCGGCAGUGCAGACGAGGAUGGAGACAAUGUGCAGAAGAAGGUUUCUGCUGGAAGCCACAAGAGUGGCGUUCGGCGUAAGGGGCUUGCUGCCAAUUCGCCGAGCAAGCGUGCGCGGAUCAAUGCAUCCUUGACCGGGGACGAGGACGGGGGCAGCAGCCCGGAGAGGGGGCGGAAGAGUCAGCGGUCAUGCAAGGGUCAGCGUUACCAGGCGCUGGUGUCUGAAGGUGUGCUGCCGGGCUCCAAAGAGCGAAAAGGGCUUGUCCGCAAGUCGGAUGAUGAAGGAGACGAUGAGCCCAGCAGGCUGGGUGGAGGAGGACGCAGGGAUGAUGGGGCCAAGGUGCCUCGCAAGAACAGUGGCACUUUCAACCUGGACGCCCAGAUAGCAGCUCUGCCCAAGUGCAGCAUGGAGUCGUUCACACGGCGCAAGAACAAAAAGAAGUCCAGCCAACCAGAGGACGAUGGCAGGGACGAUUGUGCCUCUGCUGACGCUGCAGAACCAGGGGGCAAGGACCCUGACUUCCGGACAAGCUUAGCCAGGUCUGUGCGGCAACGCAGUGAAUCGGGGGCGUCUGGCACAGACGAGGCAGUGGACGAUCCCUCAAGCCCCCCACCUGCAUCCUCACCUAGUGAUCAUUCAUCUAUUAUGCCCAGGAAGUUCAAGACAGGGGACUUUGACCUGGACGAACACCUUGCUGCCCUUCCAAAGUGUGACAUUGAGGUCUUAAGCCGACGAAAAAAGGAGCUACGGCGAGAUUCUGCCUCUUCUAGCGGCAGACAAGACUGCAAGGCCGAUGACUCGGGGACAGAGUCCGACCAUGCGGGCGCCUCGGAGUCUACUGAGGAGAAUGGAGUGAGAGAAUGGCAUAGCGGUGAGGAGGAAGAAUCGGAGGAUGCCGGACGGACCAGCCCCAAGAAGGACAAGCGGAAGAGACGCAAAGGUGCGCCUAUGGAGGAGGACUUCCCUAGCAGCUUGGCGACUCUGGCCGACAUUGCGCUGAGUCAGAAGGAGAAGAUGCAAGACUGACACAGGCCUAGACCCCAUCAGAGGAGGAGAAGGGGGGGCCCAACUGCCAAGCAAUAAGUGUCGUCUGCCGCAGAUCCUGGGCACCUACUUUGUGAUGACUGCCCUCUGCCUCCGGCCAUCUCUCGUGACACGCAGAGAUCCUCCCCUUCUCUUAUUUCUGUGCAAGGAUGUGGUGGUGUAGAUCUGGCGUCCACUCUGUGGACGUCGUUACCUUCCCUCCUCCUUGGACAUCAUGACAUUUUUUUACCCUCGUCAUCACGUGUGUGUGUGAAUGCGUGUGCGUGCGUGCGUGCAUGUAAUUUGACUGGAGAUGAAGAACUCAACGUGCGGUGAGAGUCUCGGACCUAGAGUGAUGCGCAUCAAUGACCGAACUAGCCCCCCCGCUCGUACGCGGCAUGGCAUUUCCUCUAGGUCAUUCGGUUGUAAGACUUAGACACACGCACAAGUGACGGAUUUUGACACAGCUGUGCCAGAUAGCGCCUUCCUGUGCUCCAAGUCUUCUUGUUGUUGAGUGCGGACACUGCCAACAACAUGAGUCGUGGAUGUGGUGUUGCCUUUCGGCGAGUUCUGGUGGGAAGCGCUGCCACUCUUGAACCCCCUCAACCCCAACCCUCCCCCCACCUCCAACGACCAUUGGUGUCUUAAGACUGCUGCGUCACCCUUUCUGUGAUUUGUGUUGGAAGUGUUAUUGUUUUGUUUUUCUUUGCAUAAUUUUAAUGCAGUGACUUAUCUCUUUCUGGCUGGGACAGUGGUCAAGUAUGUGCGAGGGCAGUGCAUUAUCUCAGCAUUAGCAGCAGUUCUCCUCCUCCCCUAUUUUUAAAAAUUUUAGAGCGCCUGUGUUUUCCUUUUUUUUCAAUUAUUCAUCUGACACUAGCUGCAGGUUUUGUCUCGGCAAACUAAGUUGGAAGAACAAAGUGUUUAGGAGCAUUAGCUUGUCAUUUUUUAGGGGCCUUCUAGGCUAACACAAGCUAAGGCUUGUGCGUGUAGAAUAAAGCAAGUAGCGACUUUUGGGUCCACUUUUUUUUUUGUCUUUGUGUAUAUAUAUAUAGUGGCUGAAAGAAAAAGUUUUAAGAAGUGUUCAGAGCAUUUUAGUGGUGAUCAGAAAGGUGUGUCCUUAAACGUAAUGGCCUCCAUACCAUUACUGUGGUCUUAUCAUUCUUUCUGCCCAACUCUGACACUGUUUUCACAUAAGGCUGCUGAAUCUGCUUUUCUUGUAAAGAGAGAGAGAGAGAGAUGGAGAGAGAGAAAAAUUGCGGAGAGUCCGACAAUAUGCACCAACCUGUACAUAUGCAGAGCCGAAGUCACUCGUCAAAUGUAUAACAGAGUUUUAAGAGAGCGAGAGAGAGAGAGAGAAAAUGAGAAUAUGGCCUGUGAGCAGUAGAGGGCCUUCUCGCACGCAACUGGAGCUAAGGAUCUCAGCUGCAGUGCCUGCUAACAAUUUUGACCUUUUUUUUUUCUCUCUCGUGAACGCGCACACAAGCAGCACACAACAUACCUGCACAUUUCUGUACAUAAAGCACAGCUAGAAACACACAUUAGAUCCAAGUUUUUCUACUUCAUUGUUGUUUCUUUUGACCUCCUCCUCCUCCUCCCAUUCUUGUCGCACAAAACCGACAGCACAGCAGCAGCAGCAGCAGUGGUGGCAUUUCUAUCCCAUCAUCUUGAGCAGCAUGAGACAGCAGUAAGGGUAGAGGUGUUUUGACGCGUACUAGUUAACAGUGGCAGUCUGGCAAGGCCCGUUCCCACUUGCUUUUCACCAAUAUUUUUUUUCUUCUUGUGGGUCGCAUCUUCAUGACAGAGUUUUUCUUGUUGCAACAUUUGGGCUGAAAGUCAAUUGAAUGAGUUGUUUCAAUUAGAACGAAAGCCUGUUCUCGUGCAUAUGACCGACACCAGAAAUAUGAGAUUCGAAGGACGAGUUGCUGGCAAAUUUUGCCUCCGAGUGCGGCUAUGCAGCAGUGCGCGUUGUGUUGGCAGGGGGCCGCACUGGAAGGCAAUAUGCAAAUUAAUGCGUUCCGUGUUGCCAUAAGCUGUGCACCAUUUGGUGAAAAUGGGUGUUGCUGAUUGUUCAUAACAAAAUUGUUUGUAGAGCUUUGCUCUGGGCUGACAGUUGUGCUGGGUUGCGUUAGUAAAAAUUUGGCCUUUAUAUGUACGGGUGCGGCUAUAUGGGCUCGAGAAGACAGUAAUCUGUUUCCUGGCUUUUACCAGCUGUCAAAUAGCGCACAGCACUUUUUUUUUGUGUUUUCUGCAUUUCAAGUCGCACCAUUCACCAACAUAAUGUGGGCUGUCUUAAGUUUGAUCUUUGUGUAGUGAAUAUGCGAGAUGUCAUCUGGACUUUGUGAACAUUGGGCAGGCUACUUCAUUUUCGUGCCAUUUAAAGGAGUUCUUGGCCAUCAGGAAAAUCAUUCGAACAAAAAGAAAAGGAGGCGCGUUUGUGUUGGUUCACGAAUGUUACUGUUUGCUGAUCAAAAGUACUGGCAUUAGCUGAGUCUGCAGUCAGCUAUUUGCCUUCUUGUACAGGUCCUUCGAACAAGAUAAAUUUUUUUUUUUUUGUCAUAUGCUCAUCUGCCCAAAGUUGUGAAGCCGCUUGCCGUUACCCUUACUUGGGGAUGUCGUCAAGAAACUAACAAAUUGUGAAGCAAUGGAAUGAAUACAAGUUAACAGUUACUUUAGAGUACAGUUUUUCUUUUGUCCUUGUUUUCAUUGAUUUCUUUUUGUGUUUGUCCUACACCCAGGUUAUAUUGGCCUAAAUACAAAUUUGACUGAGAACAUUUGGGUAUGUAAAACUGUUUUUUUUUUCCUUUGGUAAAAUGCUCGGCCUUUCUCAAGUAGUCACAGUAAUCUGCUUCAUGCGAGUGUGAGGAAGGCUGAAGUAUAUAUGGAAGGCUGAAGUCUUCCAUAUGCCUGAUUGGAUGCACACUUCAGGGCGAGUGAACUUUUUUGUCUUCACUCCGAGGCUCAGGGAAAGAAAAAGAAAGCCAACGCUAUGCACGCUUAAGCUUCCUAACACUAGCUUUCUACAACUUUGGUUUCGUGGGCUGCUUUGACAAUUCACAGUUAACCCUGCUCAACUGAAAACAACCUGUUCACACUAUGUAAACUUAGAAACGAUGCUGGGGAAAAUAUUUUGACAGGCUUCUUGUCUUUAGUUUCAUUGGUAGAAGGCAUGGAUUUGCAAUUACAGUAAGGGUUCAAUGAUGCAGUUGUAUAGCUUAGUCCUCGACACAGCUUGACUAUUUAGCCCUUUAACCACCAAUCCAGAGCUGUGGUUGUUAUGGGACGUUGUACUGAUAUAGUAAAAUGACGAGUCAUACUCGUUCGGCCUGAUGUUGCGCCCCUCCCACUUUCAAAGAUGAGUUAAUUUUUGUGUUAAUUCUAACCAGAAACCAAUCAAGUAAUACCACUUCAGAAUCAGAAUGACAACGACAAAAUUAUGACGAUAAAGAAAUGUGGAAAAUUUGGUGCAUUUUUCCGGAAUUAAUUUAGGGUUUUGAGGGUUAAUUUCAUUAGCUUAGUAAGUAAGAGCAGGCUUCACGAGGCUUUACAAGGGGAGAAUAAAGAUGGUGCAAAGUCAAUGAUCUCUGUCAUAUUUUUUUUUCCAUAUGUAUUUAUAUGAUCGCUGUGACUUUAACUAACUCUGCUAUGCAUUUCGAUAGGUUAUGUUUCAAGUUCGCUUUGGCAAGAAUGCAUGGAAUAGAAUGGAAAAUGCUAAGGUCAGGAUUGCUUGUUGGUUGGAAUUUAACAGAAGUUGAGCCAACAAUUAAGAGAUUUCAUUAUUCACUGUUUAGGAUGUGCAGAGAAAAGAGAGCGUCCACAUGUUUUCCAACAUGAGCUAGUUGAACAUUAUACAAUUUACAUCUCGCAAGCUUUUCUUGUAUUUUUAAAUCUCUCGGCUACCUAACAAAAGCAUGUAUUUAAAUUGAAUGUAUUUUGCGGAAGCCACAGGGAUGUGGUAGUUCUUGACCUACUACAGCGUGUUUAGAAGGCAGUGCUUUGGAAGGUCAGUGUAAAUGUGCAACUUGGAAGUGUAAAUGAACUUUUGCACUUAUGAUAUGAACUUGAAGUGCAAAUAACAACAGUUAUCGUGACUUUUUUGGCAAAAGAGCAGGCUUCCCGAUGUUGACAAGCUUGAAGUAUGAUGACGUAGCUUUACGAACAAGCGAGCAAGCAAGAACGUUGCGCUACCGAUGCCUCCUUUAGGUCUAAAUUGGUAUGAUGGCCAUGCCAACACUGUGACAUUGCCGCUUAUUUGGCUGGGAUUUCUAACCUGACUGCAGUUUGGCUAACAAUCCUAGACGUGUAGGGAUUGAUGUGGCAUGCAUUUUAUUUUAUUCUUUCUUGGAGAUACCAUCUUUUCCCGGUCUUUGUCUGGCACGAAACUGUUGCAGUAGUACGGUUGCAGGAAAUUUGGCUUCCUUGUCCUUAUUGCAGUGCAGAACAAAGCAUUGGUGUUUCAUGCUAUCAUGGCUGACAUUUUUAAUUUCUUGUUGAACAAAAGACAUUGUUCUAUGUUCUUGUGCAAGUUGUGAGCAGGUAUGCGACUUACGGUCAUGUGUUGGCUUCAAGAAGUGCUGUGGUUAUAGAGACGAACGUUAAGAACGUAACCGCAGCACAUUAUUGAGUUAUACUUUCUGUUUACCUAUGUGUACUUGCCUCUUCAUGCUGCCUAUGUUAAUUUCUUUUGAUGUUGACUGGCAAUUUUUUUUGAAAUUGUGAUGUGUGAACUGGGGGAACUUCCGUUGACUGGCAGGGGAGGGCGAGGCGCUAUAUGCUCGGUGCCAGUACACCGAGCCUGUACACAAAUUAAUGGGGGGUGCAAAUCUGUGAUAAUGGCUGACAUAUCUGGACAUCGCCUAUUCAAGAAUGGGUUGAGCCCCUGUGAAAGGUCGUUUUGUGUACAAUCAUCAUGUUGAAACUCCUCUGUUUUGCUGUAGCACGAUCAAAAGGCAUACACAGUUUUUCCUUGAUAUUUUUUUUGUUGGUUUACUGAAAAUUUUUUUCGCACAUCUUAAAAGAGGACACUACAAGAAGACACUAACUUCGGCUGUAUUGGUAGGCAAGUGUAAGCUUGGUAAUUUGCCUGAAAAGAUGCAAAAGAACAGUGUAUGGCUGGCUACAUCUUGGAAUUCCCAUACCAUCUCGCUGCGAUGUCAUGCAUUGUUUAUCAGUUGACGUUUGUGUUCAGAAGCAUGCAGAUAAUUGGAAGAAGUGUCACCUGAGGGUAUGGGAUGAAGCACUGUGUCCUCAGUUUAUGCUUGCUAUUCAGGCUCUUCCUACUUUUUCCUCCCCCCCUUUUGUUUGUAAAGUAGAAGCAAAUUUUUAACUUAAGGAUAUUCUUGGUAAAUUUCCCAGCAUGAAAAGGAAAACAAGACCAAAUGUGCGAAAGUACUCUGGAAUCUGUGACGUUGCAUUGAUGUCACUGGCACCAUGGCAUGGGUGCGAGGUGCAGAAAAGGAGGUCUGUCCUUAUAUUUUCUCAGCCAAUAAGCAUUUCUUUUAAAUCACAGUAGUGGAAAUUUGUCUAAGAAUGUUGUAUUAGUCUAAGUUGGUUUAGUGUUUUUACUUGGUGUCCCUUCAACAAAUAGCAUGCACUUUGAUUAUUGAUUAUUCUCGUUUGCUCACAGCUAAGAGCACUGCGUGGUACAUCUGAAAGCUCUCCAAAAAUCGCCCCAUGUGAAUAUCGUUACUUGAAUCGUACUGUUGCUGGCCAUGCCUGUAAAACUGCAACUGCGUUUUGUCACCCCUCGCCGCACCCCUCCGACACCUCUCUCCAACUUUGCUUUACCUUUGGGAUAAAUUAAUGGCACCUCAUGGAGUUUGCGAUUCCUUGCUUCAUACUUAUAGUGCCGGUUUUUCACAAGGUUAAAGUUGCUCGGCUGUGGCCUUUAGCAUUCUGUGACCCAGAGGAACUUCGAAUUUGAAGUGAUCUUGUAUUAGCUGUGUUUGGUAUGGACGAAGUACUGUAUAGUUGAGUGAAUGGGAAUGGGGCUAUCUAAAACAUAAGCUUGACUCGCUGGCAUUGCAUUGUCUUGACUUCCUGACGAUUACAAAUUACAAAUAGGCUCAUUGUGAACAUUCAAAAUUAUGUGUCGAGAGGGCUGCGUAGGCCAGUGACCUUUUUCUGAGCGAGAUUUGGAAAGUGUAUAACUCUUGUGAAUCUGUCUUUUUUUUCUUAUGCUAUACAUUUUAUUCAUGAGCCUUCUUACUUUUUAUCAUGCAGUCAUUUAAGUGGAAACCUCACUGUGUGCGCUGGUCGCAUUUUCUUCUUUUCUUUUUAUAUCUGGUAUGUUGCCAGGUAAAUACCAUCUGUUUCAAAAGUUUUCUAUGGCUAAAUGUUAACUGCAUGUUCGUGCUGCAAAACUUUUAACUGGGCUGCAAUACAAGCCUUGACUGCUUCUGAUUUGGCCUCUUGCACAUAUAGUGGUCUAAAAACUUCCGAAAAGGACUGUUGUUUGUAAUUGUAAAGAUUGGACACUCUGGUACUUAAUCCCAAAUUGAAUCUUUAUAUCAAAGGCACAAUGAAAGGUGAAUGGCAAUGGCUGCACCCUUUGCAUUGCAUCCACAUACUUGCAGCAAGCUUAUCACCUGCUGAAUAUUUUGCUUCGCAUUGCAUUGAGUCUGAUUUCUCCCAUUACUUUGUCGAAAGCUCCAGUAAACUUUUAACACUGUGGGCAUAUUAGAUUGCACAGUGGAUCCAUUUGCCUGUUUCACAGCUGUAGAGUUGCUGCGUGUAGGAAUUAUUGCUUUAAUAUUUUAUACUCCCCUCUUGUCUCAGUGGACUUGCCAUUGUCUGCUUGUUUGCUGCGGAGACAAGAAUUGCAGGCGGCUAGGGGAUUAGUGGAUGCAGGGGGAGGGACAAGGAACAUAAGCCCUCUAGCUUUUACGGCUCUCUUUGAGCAGAUACACGUAGUUUCACCGCAUACAUGCACCUUCAAAGUUAUGCACAUAUUUUAGAUGUACAGUAGAAGUAACAAAGUUACAUAACAGUGACUUUCGGUCAAAACACUGUAAAUGAAAGUGUGGAAUAUAAAACCAUCCUGUGAGCUUCUGAGUCAAAAAACAUCCUCUGUGGAGGUAGAGGUGGGAAAAUUGCUCUGUACUAAUGCUAAAAACUCAACUAUAUUACUGACAGAUACAAUUUAUUGGCUCCUGAUUGCUCUAAGCAAAAAUUAGAUUUUGGAAGUCACGCAUACAUGGUUUCCUCUAACACGGCAGAAACUUUUAAAGAGAUGUAUAUGUAUAUCUGAUAUAGUUGCAACGGCAUGUAUCAAAGGAAUUGCUUCUUUAUUCUUAGCAAAAUUUCUUGGUUUCAGAAGUCGCGCAUGCAUGUGGUUUGAUUAAAUAUGAUGGAAAUAAAAAUGUAUAUUUUAUGAGUGGCAA